AUGGUCAGCAAAGCCAAGGGAAGAUACACAUUGAUCAAACUGAUUUCGACGGCCAAGACAGGCUAUAUACGAUACGUGCAACGUCCGCGUUCAUCACCCAUUGUGACACAAGUUCGCUACGAUCCGAUAGCCCAGCGCCACGUUUUGUUUGAGGAAUCGAAGAAGCGCAAGGUUGCCGAGAAGAAGCCUUUGGUUUUUGCUUAA